UGAAUGGCCUACACCAGCGUGAUUGUUGUCUCAUUGGAAACUUGUUCGAGUGCUCCGUGUGUCCGAUACUUGGCAACUUUGGUUCUAUUCGGUCUUCUAGAGAGAAAUUGAUUUUCAAGAAAAUUUAAAUUUUCAUAUUGAGGGAGCAGGGAGCUCAAAGUUAACAGCAAGUAUGACGGAAUCAUUUCAGAGGCCACGUCCGGAGUUUCAAACAAUUAUCAUGAGCGAUGCAAAUGGCGGAGGCAACUCUAUGCAACAGAUUUUGCAUGAACAACGAUUGAGACAAAUGAAAUUUCCACCAAUGCAUGGUCGACGCGACGUCGACAGCUUCCAAUACCCUAGAAAUCCCGCGUUUGUGAAGUAUCACGACGAUACGCUGGCUCCACUUCGCGACGAUGUCCCAAUCUUGGACCCGACGUCGGGAUUUAUAUCCGCUGGCGGAGACGUGGAUCGUUUGACAGGAGUCGCCAAACUGCCAACCAUGCAACAAAUCGACAACCCACCAAAUCAGGUUGUACCUUCGGAUCCACUCGGCAAGACGUCGAUUGAAGUGAGAGAAUCCAAGACCGGUCUGGACUCGAGGAAGCGAACGCCAGCCGAAGCCGUGAUGCCGAAACCACCUUACACAGCACCCCCUUACCACCAUCAUAUCACCGACCCUGGGCCGUGGUGUGGUCGGAAAAUCAACGACGCCUGGGUACGAGCCCAGCUUGGUGGUUGGACUAGUGAUAGAGAUCCCAGGGAAGUUGCCAAGGAGCAAGCACAAAGACAAAAACAUUUUGAUCAGCUUCAACAAAAUCAUAGAAAUGUAUUAAGCCAGUCACUACAAGAGGAUGGCCAGGACUGGAGGAACAAACUAGCUUUAAGAUAUAGGUAUACAUCAUCCACUCAGAGGGCUUAUGACGAUGUUGACUGGGACUCGAUGCUGGCACCAAAAGUGAAACCACCACAGGCAACAUUAGAACGUCAACCAGAUAUGGUGUCUCAUCGGUUUACGAUUAACAAACGAUAUGCAGCUGAAGCAGAACCGUGGCAGAAUUUAGGCAGGUCUUGGGACUGGUUCCAAUUAAGAAAUGGCUAUCAUUUACAGAAACCAAUAGAAUUCUGCAGCCAUAGUAGGAAAGUGGACCAAAUUCCAGGAUACUGUGGUAGCAUAGGUGGUGAUGAUCCACAGGAAAAAGAUGAUCCUAAGAAGUUCUUUUUACCAACUACAGUACUUAGAACAAACCAACCUUGGUACUCUGAGACUGCACAUCGUCCAAACAUUCCUGGUUAUGCUGGAUGUACACAUUGGGAAAGUCGAAUUCCUGCCAACAGUGAAAUGCCAACUCCUCCUCCCCAGAGUACAGCAAGAGUUCAUGCGAGAUUACCAAUACCAGCCAAUUCAUCUCCACACAAACGGCUAUCACACAUGUCGAAGAUGGUGACACUUGUUCCACCAUGCAAUCCAUUCAACAAAAUAGACAGACAGGAAGUGACGACAUAGAAAACAAAUAUCUACCUGAAGAAGUAAUGUUCAAGCAGUAUUCAAACAGAAAGUGAUUUCAUAGAAAAGUUGUAACUUACAGGAAUUCAGUUUUCAUUUCAUCUGAAUGCAUUCAUGUUGUUUUUGUGAUUGAUUUUCCUUAUAUGGUCAAACACAGAGCAGUCCUGUGCCUAAGUGAUCUAAAUGCUGGUUUCUUAUUGGAUGAUUGGAGAGUGAAAGAAACUUAUCAUUGACAGAAGAAGAUUCAUUCUUAGAACUUAGAAAUACAUGGUGUAUGAUGUAUGAACGAUUUCUGCCUGCUGUAGUUACAAUGACUGUACUCUGUCCAGCUCAUCCUGCCAGGGAGAUGCCAGAAAAAUUACUGUACAUUAAA